CAAACAACGCCUACAAAUUUGGCGCCACAGCAUUCGUUGCGGAUGAAUAAAUUAAAUUGGAUUUGUGCUGCCAGCUGUGAUCAUGUAUUCGCCGCGCAAGUCGCUGUCGACGCCAGCGGCGCACGAGUUUGGAUUUCCCUACACUCCGUAUGAGAUACAGGAGCAGCUGAUGCAGCAACUCUUCCAGGUGCUUGAGCACAAGCAAAUCGGAAUUUUCGAAAGUCCUACGGGUACUGGCAAAUCGCUGACGCUCACCUGUGGCGCCCUCACCUGGCUGCGACAGCAUGAGCAGCUGGUGCGUACCGAGCUGCUGCAGCGCAUUGAUCAAGUGCAGGCGCAACUGAAGCAGCUGCAAAUGGAGAGUGCCCAGGCGGAGGAUUGGAUAACGGCACAAAGCAAGACGCGAUCGCAGCGACUGGAGCUGGAACAGCUGCACCGGCUGCGCGAGCUGCUGCAGCAAAAAGAGCAAGAACUGGAACAGAUCAAGCAGCGCAAAAGGCAGCAAAAGGAGCAUCAGAGACCCGCAAGACGAGCAAGCGACCUGAAGGAAACUCCCGUUGAGGAGGAGGAGGCGCUUAACUCGGAUGAAGAGCUGGAUAACGUAGAGAGUGUGCUAGAGGAGCAGCCAGCAGAGCUGCAAUCGGAGCGUUUCCGGGAUGUGCAAAUCUUCUUCUGCAGCCGCACGCACUCGCAGCUCUCGCAGAUUGUGGCUGAGCUGCGGAAGACACCGCAUGGGCAAAAUGUGCGCUGCAUUGCGCUCGGCUCACGGCAGCAGCUGUGCAUCAAUGCGCAGGUGCGCAAGCUGCCCAACAUUGGGCUCAUCAACGAACGUUGCCUGGACAUGGCGCAGUCCAAGAUCAGCGCCAAUGCCAUCUCCAAGUCCCGCCAGACGCUCAGCCGCUGCGUCUACAAGAGCUCCGCCCAGCUGCAAAGGCUCAGCGAUUCGGCGCUUUGCGAGCCGCUCGACAUCGAGGAGCUCGUCGCGGAGGGCUCCGCCUGUGGCGGCUGUCCCUACUAUGCCACGCGUGCCGCCCAGYCGCAGGCCCAGCUGCUGCUGCUGCCGUAUCCAAUGCUGCUGCAGCGCAGCGCGCGCCAGCAGCUGGGCCUCGAUCUGCGCGGCGCCAUCAUCAUUGUGGACGAGGCGCACAAUCUGCUGGACACCAUUGCCCAGCUGCACAGCAGCGAGCUGAGCCUGGCCCAGCUGCAGCUGGCCAAGCAGCAGCUGGCUGGGUACAAGCAGCGCUAUGCCCGGCGCCUGAGCAGCGCGAAUCUGUUGCGGAUCAAUCAGCUGCUCUAUGUCGUGCGCCGGCUGCUGCAGCUGCUCGAGGCAGGCGGAGAGCCGCGCAUGCUGCGCACCUACGAGCUGAGUGCCGAGGGCGACUUCUUCAACAUUGACUUGCAUGAGCUUCUGGAGUUCUGUGCGCGCACGCGCCUUGCCCAGAAGAUGCAGAGCUUUGGCCGGCAGCUGCAGCGCGAGCCGCAGCCCAGCGAGAACCGGCCGCCGCCCACGCAGCAGCUGCUCCAGCGCCUGGCCGCCCAGCACGAGCAGCAGUGCCAGACGCUGGGCAAAUGCAAGCGCAAGGCGGCCGAUGAGAACGCGGAUGACAAAGCGAAGCAGCCGCCACACCCACAGCCCGCAGCUCAGACGCCAGCUAUGUCCUCGCCCUUUCGACCGCUGAUCGCAUUCCUGGAGACGCUCACCAGCAAUGCCGCUGACGGCCGAGUGCUGCUCAAUCCGGAGACAGCCACACUCAAGUAUUUGCUACUCAAUCCUGCCGAGCACUUUGCGGACAUUGUCAAGGAGGCGCGCGCCCUCAUCAUAGCGGGCGGCACCAUGCAACCCACCCAGGAGCUGACGGAGCAGCUCUUUGCCCAUUGUCCAGAGCGUGUGGUUGAGCGCUUCUAUGACCAUGUCGUGCCAGCGGAUGCUGUGCUCCCAUUCAUCCUGCCCACUGGACCAACAGGCGCCAGGCUCUGUUUCAGCUAUGCCGAACGCACCAGCCCAGCCAUGCUGAAGGAGCUGAGCAUGGUGCUGCAGAACCUUUGCGGCGUGCUGCCAGCGGGCGUGGUUUGCUUCUUGCCCUCGUACGCCUACCUGGACACGGUCUAUGGGCAUCUGGAGCAGAGCGGCGCAUUGCAGAGGAUUGGUCAGCGCAAGCGCAUCUUCCGUGAAACGGCUGGCGGAGCUGGCGUGGAGCAGUUGCUGCAGCAAUAUGCCAAUGCCAUUGAUCAGACAGCGGGCGGAGCGCUGCUGCUGAGCGUGGUGGGUGGGAAGCUAUCGGAGGGCCUUAACUUUGCCGAUCAGCUGGGCCGCGGCGUCAUUGUCGUCGGCCUGCCGUACCCAAAUCGUACGUCACCCGAACUCAAGGAGCGCAUGCGUCACCUGGACGAGACGCUGGGCAACGGUGCCGGCAACGAAUACUACGAGAAUCUCUGCAUGAAGGCGGUCAACCAGUGUAUCGGUCGCUCGGUGCGCCACAUACGCGACUACGCCUGUGUCUAUCUUCUGGACGAGCGCUACGGCAGCGAGCGCAUCCAACAGAAACUGCCGGCAUGGAUUGCCCGGCACAUCCACGUGGCCAGCGAGGGCUUCGGUGCGGUGCAAGCGAGAACGGCGCGAUUCUUUAAGGCCAGAAGUUAGGAUCUCUAUAGAGAUUCCCUUUCGUCUGUUUUAGAGAGAUCUAAAUGAAGGAACCAAUGUGAAUGCUAGCAUAGCUAGAGUAUAUGGAGGGAUUGGUAGGCAUACUCUAAGAGUUGACAGGAAUAGAAGUUGUUUGGUGCAUCUUUGUGGACUUGGGAUGUUGAGGGAAACUUCUGAAUUCUGGAGGAGAUUGGAUGCAAUUGAAUUUAUUUGUUAAAGCUUGAAAAAGCUUAGGAUUAAAAGUAACUCGAAUCAGAAUAUAAGCAGAAUCUAUAAGAUAUCUGAGAGGUUCCAUGUCAAUGUCAAGUUCCAGUUAGGCUAAGAUCUUGUACAAUACUUCGUAAUAGUAAAAAGUUCAUCCAAGUAGAAUUCUGGUA